AUGAAAUUUCUCUUUCGCUUAGGCUGCUGGACCGAUCCACGGCAGCUGCGCUGGUAGCAAAAAAGUUUCGCAUCGUCCAUCUUUCUCAGCCCUGCCCGCCACGAGAAUUCGCCUGGCGCUGGGCAGGUGCAGGCUCACUACUUCAGCGCCGAAAGCUGGAGCUGCUGAAACACACAGCCGCGUCCGGCGUGCUAGCAAACCUGGCGUACGCGGUUCAGACCACCGGCGUUGACCUCCCCUCCCACCCUGCCAUCGCUGAGUCCGCGGCCGCGGCCGGACGUUGCGAGGUGCUGCUAUGGCUGCAUGGCCGCGGCUGCCCCGUUCAUGUGGACAGCGUGCUGCGUGCCGCGGUGGCGUCGCGGCAGAUGGACACUUUCAUGUACCUGAUGGAGCACUGCUGCAGCAGUGGGGCCGGCAGCAAGGCGUGCUGGGGCCGGGUAGGAGAGGACCAUCUGGGAGCGCUAGAGGCUGCAGCGGAGGUGGGCCGUCAGGACGUGUGUGCCUGGCUGCUGGCGCACCUCUGGGGCUGGCACCUGCGCGCGGCGGCGGCGGCCGCGCGUCACGGGCACGUGGGGCUGCUGCACUGGCUGCUGCAGCGCCGCCCGCCCGGCCCACCGCCGCCCGCCGCAUUCGUGGACGACGGCGCAGCAGCCGCGGCCGUCGGCGGACAUACCAGCAGGCCAGCCAGAUUGCAGGCGGCUGGGGAGCUGCUUGCGGCUGUGGCGUGGGGAUGCCCGCUGGCAGAGCUCCGGCAAUGCUAUCAGGGUGAGGGGCUGGAGGGCCCGGGCGGGCUGCUGCAGCAGCCCGGUGUUGGCGUUGACGAGGAUGAGGCAGCAGUCCGUGCAGCACAGCAGCGUUUCCGUGACACGGUGCUAGCGGCCGCCGCCGCCAGCCCGCUGCCGGACUGGCGCGCUAAGGCGCAGUGGCUGCUGGCGCCGCCGCGGUGCCACCCGGUUACGUGGGCCACACUGUGUGCGGUGGUGGCGGCGGCGCGGAGUGACGAAGCGGCGGCGGAGCGGCUGGCGUUCCUGUGUCGCCACUGGCAUCAGGACGCGCCAUGUGGCGGCUGGGACAGGGACGUGGCUGCCCUGGCGGUCGCGGCCAUCCGCAGGGGCUUUGCGCAGGCGCUGGGGUGGGUGCUGCGCGAGAAGGUGGGGCAGCCGGCGGCGGCUGGCGAGCAGCAGAAAGGUCAACAGGAGGAGCCGCAGCCACAGGCGCUUGCGGCUGAAGAGGUGGUUGCAAGCGCCGUGGCACACAACCAGGUGGCCUGUCUGCAGGCGCUGGAGGCGGCGGGCGUGGACGUGCAGAGCGCCCUGCGGCUGGGUGUGGCGGCUGGGCGGCCCGACGUCGUGCUCUGGGCGCUGAUGUCGCCAACAGGGCCCCACGCAGGCACCCGGCGGCCUGGCGGUGGUCGCGGGGCCCUCACACCCGACCUGCUGGCGCAGGCUGCGGCGGCGCAGGACGCGGCGACCUUCCGCGUGAUGUGCCGGCACCUGAAGCAUGCCGGGUCCGGAGGCGAUGACGCGGCAACCCAAGCGGCAGCAGGCAGCAGCAGCAGUUGCAGCGGCCCCCCCAGUGGGGGCGGCAGUGGGGGCGACGGUGAGCAACUCGCCGCCGCGGUGGCGGCGGCGGCGGCGUGCCCGUGCCUUCGCGACCGGCCGCACCUGCGGGAGUGGAUGCGGCAGCAGGUGGAGCUGCUGUGCCGACAGGAGGCGCGGCGGGGCACGGGUCGUGGGCCCGAGCAGGGCAGUGAGGAUGGCAGCAGCAGCGAUGAGGAGCUGUCCGACCUGGUCCACGAGGCAGAGGAGGCACUGGCGCGGGAGUCGCAGCAGCGGCAGCAGCAGCAGCGGGAGGCGGUGUCGCAGGAGGUGGGCGCCAGCAGGGUGCUCAUUUGCGCCGUGUCGUGAUGUGCGUCGUUGGCCAUGCGCGUGCGUCUGCGGCCCGCCCGUGCUUGUGGCGCGGGGCUAUCAGAUCGGCACAGCCGCAUGUGCAUGGCGGAGCGAGCGCACCUUCCAGCAGUUGGAGCGGCACAACGCUCCCAGAUGUGCUGUACCUACUUCAGGCGCAAUGUGCGGACUGCUAGUCCCGUGUGCGCCGUUGGGUUGCCAGUUGUCAUGCAGUUCUCGCGCUGUUACAUCCAAACGUGUUUGUCGUGUGCGCUGCAAUGUUACAAUCAGGGACAACGUGCGUGCGUGUGCGCGUGGAUGAUGGAGGCCAGGGGCUACUUGACUGCUUGGGUACGGCUGUCUGUGGGGUUGUUUUAGCCGGUGUAGGAUGUCAUGUGGCUCCCUGAUCUUUGCUCUGGGCCACGGGCGGCAGCGGUGUGGCGGACCGUCCAUAAACGGGGUAAUCGGACUGGUGGACUGUUGGGGUACCCCAACCGGGCAGACGACACCCCGGCAUGUGCCAUGGCACUCAUCGCACCCAUCACACCUGAAGUCCAAAAAACCUUCAUGGGACGCAAUAAAUUCAUCAACAGUUAAACUUUUGUGCACGGUUGACGACCAUAAACACAUCUAUGGUUUGCCAAGAAUGGGUCGGUCAUGUUCGGCCACUCUGCCACACGUAGCCCUACUUCUUAUUCUCAUCUUGGCGUCAGGGAGAGCUCUAGGUGUCAUCUACGUUGAUGUUACUGACGAGCAGGGCUUGAGAGCAGCGGUAGACGCCUCAACAUACGUCAAUGCCACAAAAGUAGUAGUGCGCCUGCCCGGCGGACCUUUAUCUGUAUCAAAUACAGUUCGUAUUACCGCUUUCGAC